AUUAUUAUGAUUAUCUGGAAAUAGCAAUGUUGACGGUUAGGGGAUUUUUAUGAAUUAAUUUUUAUAUAUUCCCUAUUUAAUUGCCUAAAAAUGGGUGCGGGUCAAAUUGGAGGAAUUGCCACUUUAGUGGAUAUGGAUUUUGAAAAUGCCGCCGGAUUCCAUGGUGAACCGGCGGAAUCAACAGAAGCUCAAUAUGUUAUACAUUAUUUAUCACACGCGAUGAUGUUCUGCCUGGGAGUGCUGAUAGAAGCUCACGUAGUACUAACAACAGCCAAUUGUGUCCACGGGGAAAAAUACAAAUUCUCUGUAGUUGGUGGAACUCAUAAAUUUUUAGAACAUGCGGGCAUAACAAGAUCAGUGCAUCAUCUCUGUAUUCAUAAAGGUUACAAUACUUCGCAACGAUGGACUGACUGUUUGACGGAUAAUUUGGCGCUACUGGUUCUAAAUACCCAGUUUUCAUUCAACAUGCGAGAGCCCGGCUCUGAUUUCUUGUUGAAUCGCGUCCGAUAUGGCGUGAGUGCUCCAAGGGAUGAGAGCCUAUUUUCAGACACAUCUUGCAGGUAUUACGGCUGGGGCAGCAGGAGAAAUGGAUAUUUGAUUCCAUUGCUGAUUAAUCUUCAAAGGAUGAAUGUUAUUUUAUUGCCAAGGAGAAAAUGUUUGGCAAUGUUCAACUAUGACGAGAAGUUCCUGUGCAUCCAGCAAGGACAGUGUAGGUCUUCGAAAUUCGGAGCACUAUGUCCUGAUGACGUAGGAUCCGUGAUAGUCUGUUCCGGCUUUGCACAAGGGAUAAUGACUUCUCGUCUAGUGGACCGACCCUGUGGCGUGGGCUUUUUGGACCUGAGCAAAUACACCAAAUUCCUGACCUGUGGAGUAGAUGACUCUCGAGAUGUGCUUGACCAUGACACUCAUAUGGAAUACGAUUUCACUACCGUUGCUCUACCUUCUACCCCUACCGUCCUGACCAUUCCACCAACCAACUCCAGUUCCGAGGACGACCAACCACAAUAUUAGAAAGUAUAGUCAUAGGUAACAGUCGAACAUGUAUGCACGACAGCAUAUCAAACUACACUUCCAUCAUAAAUUGAACUCUCACUGCACUGGUGGUAUAUAUUUCACGGGCUUAAAGUACGAUUUGCCAUUGUGGAUACAUAGUGGUGUUUCUAUCAUACAUAUUGCAUGUUUGUGAUUUUUUUAACAAAUAAAAUAUUAGUUGGUA